GACCAGUACGUCGAAAAGGAACACGUCGCCCCCAUUUCCCACCCGCUUUCUCCCCCUUUGGCCUCCCCCCCUCUCUCUCUCUCAUCUCCUGCCGAUAAGAAGCUUCGCCGCCGUCUCCUCUUUCUCCGUCCUAGCAAAAUCCUCCCCGUAUUGAGAGCCAAAGAAGAAAAAAAAAAAAGGCAGGAGGCCGGCGAACUACGCGAGGAAAAAUUUUCUUUCCCGGGAGGCUCGGGAGUCGGACACGCCACACGCUUUGGUCAAAAUCGUUUCCGGUUGUUAGCGCGGCUGCUGCUGCCGCUGCUGUCGGGGGCGAGCAGGAAGGGGAGCGAACGAGCUUGGGCAGCUCAAGAAGAGGGGACGGGGGAGGGAGCCUGUGGAAGGCACCUGAGUACGCGUGAAGGAGCCCGCGCGAGAGUAGGGGGGAAACCAAAUCGAGAGACAUGGACUCGGAGCACUGGAUCUCGCGCCUGGCCGCCGCCAAGCGUUACUACGCGGCGCAGCUCGGCCGCGUCGACGAUGUGCCCGGGAUGGGGACGGAAGAGGUGGAGAUGGAGGUGGAGGACGACGGGGACAUGGAGAUGGAGUUGGAGAUGGCGCUGGAGCUCGGGGACGCGACGUGGCCGGAGGUCGCCUGCCCCUACUGCUACGAGGACCAUGACGUCGCAUCCCUCUGCAUCCACCUCGAGGAGGACCACCCCUACGAGCCCCACGCCGCGCCCUGCCCCAUUUGCUCCCAAAGGAUUACAAGGGAUAUGCUUAACCAUAUCACCAUGCAACAUGGUUACUUGUUCAAGAAUGGUCACAGAUCCCGUAGAUUUAUUGUUCCAGAGAGCCAUGCGAUUUCAUUAUUGAGUCGAGAUCUACGUGGUACUCAUUUACAGGCUCUUCUAGGGGGUGGUCAUGGCCACAGAUCAAAUAACGCAGUGACCACAAACAUUUCCAGUGAUCCUCUUCUUUCAUCGUUUGGCCUGAGCUUCUCAGCAUCUGAUGCACCAGAACCAUCAAAAUCAGCAUCUUCUAUUCCAGACGGUACCGCAAUACGUAAGGAGACACCAGUUCAGCCUUGGGAAUCAAGCACCUCUGCUUAAAACUAAAUCACAAGAAGGGUACACUGACAGUAUUGAUUCAUCUCUCACGAGCGAGGAAAGGGAGCAAAAGCGGAAACAGGCCACCGGGAGGGCAACCUUUGUGCAAGGCCUAGUGAUGUCUACUCUAUUCGGAGAUUGAUCGCUCAAGCAGCCCUAGGUUCUUGCACUUGCUAGAUCGGCUCUUUCUCCUGCCUGGUCCGUCGUCAGAUAGUGCUCCACCCGGUUCGGACUCUGAUGGCAGGGAAAAUUCGCCCCAGGAAACUUAGCCGCGUUCACCUUUUUUUUUUUCAGAAAAGUGCGCCGUUGAUUCUAGCAUGAUGCAGCUUGAUUUAAGCUAGCUGUUGCUGUACCUGUACCUUUGUUUUUAUCAAUUUAUCGGCCAGCAAUUCUUAUCUGUAACUCACUGGUACAUCGUGUUCGUUACCAACAUACAUGGUAGCUGUGGCAUCUGCUUACACAAUGCAAGAAAAGACUUGAAAAUUGCUGCUUU